AUGGCGACUGACAAGGUUUUCGCUCUGGGGGAAUUUGACGACGUCGUCGUCCGCAACUCCAUCCUAUACUGCAUGUUUCUCUUCAACGACGUCCUCGAUGUUUCCAAACUGUGCACUAGUCUGAACAGCUUGCUGAAGCAAGAGGGAUGGCACAAAAUUGGGGCAAGAUUGAGACGCAAUAAACAGACCGGGGGUCUCGAGCAUCACAUCCCCGUCGAAUUCACCGAAAGCCGUCCAGCUUUCAAGUUGUAUCAAUCCCAACAUGCCAUGGGUAGGGCAGAGCACCCCAUUGCAUCACAAUUGCCACGGAUGAAGACACAGCCAACCGUCAUGAUGGACCCAAACAAGUUCCGCAGCCUGUGGGACAACCCCGACAUCCCAACAAAGAUGAGCCACUAUCUGGAAAGGGACGAGCCGCAGCUCAGCCUGGUGAUCGUCUCAUUUGACGACUCGACCGUCAUGACACUGGUUUGGUCCCAUACCUUGUUCGACUUCAUGGGCAUGGGUGAGAUGCUGCGCGCGUGGUCAUUGACACUGCAGGACCGGUCAGACAACGUCGAGAAGCCGUAUCCCGUCCAAGAGAACCCCUUGACCGAUCUGGGUCGUCAACCGACCGAGUUGCACAAACUCCACCAGCUCCAGCUACUGGGGGUUUCCCUGCUCCUGAUUAGCAUUCGAACCUUGGUGGAGAUUUUCCUAUACCGGCAGCAAAGCCGCAUCAUCUGUGUUCCGGCUCGCUAUCUACAGACGGUUCGUGAGGAGGCGCUCGAUGGACUAUCGGCCGCUAGUAAAGGCCCCGAGAAGCCGUUUGUAUCAGAAGGCGAUGUCCUCUUCGCCUGGUGGGCGCAGCUGAAUACCGCGCACUUGGCAGCAGAUUCGAGCAAACCCGUCAACCUGACCAACGCACUCGGAUGGCGCCCUACCUUGCUGCCCCCCAACAGGCCAUAUCUUUGUAAUGCCGUUGGCUUUGCCCAUUUGUUGAUGCCGGCAAGGGACAUUUUGAGCAAGCCACUCGGCUUUGUAGCGUUGCAAAUCCGUCAAUGCAUCGUCGAGUCGCGCCGGCGAGAGCAGAUUGAAGCAUACGCAUCCAUAUGGCGGAAAUGCUUUGCUAAACUGCCUCCGCUGUUUGGUAGCGCCAACAUGCACGUCGUCACUUGCACAAACUGGACCCAGGCGAGAGUGUUUGACCUUGACUUUUCCGCCGCCAUUGUCCCAUCCCGCCUUGACACGACGCGUCCCCCUACUGAGCGAGGGCGACCAUGUUAUGUGCAGUGCUGCUUCCACGGCGCCAUUCUUUCCAACGUGCUCAUUAUUCUUGGCAGAGACUUGGCAGGAAACUACUGGCUUUCCGCCUCCACCACGAGACGGCGCUGGGGGAGAAUAGAGGCCAUCAUGAAUACAUUCAAGGACGGCAUAUAG